UAAUGUGGGAGACUCCAUUCGGGUUUCCACGUAAAAACUGAGUGUUCACACAUAUAUUUACUAUAUCGUGUUGGAUUAAACUCAACACUGGCGCCGUCUGUGGGAAUCUGUCCAAAAAGAUUCAUGUGUUCUACACAAAUUUCAUACGAGAAUGCACUGAUUUCAGCAAAAAGAAGAAAAAAUCUGGAACUGUGGUCUUGGGAAGCCCCGAAUCUGAGGCAGUAAUAUGGCUGCCAGCCGUACCUGCCCAAUCGACCAAGCAAGGAGGAAGAAGGGAGGAAGAAUGGAAGAAUCUGGGUUUCUCCCUGAUUUAAGCUGGAAGCGUCUGUCACCUCCUGCGGCCCCGUAUCGUCUGGAGCUGACUGUCCCGCUGGAGUUCGCUGAAUAUGGUAGAAGGUCACCACGACGACCCAGGUUUCGUUGCACCGCUGAUGGUCCGCCGCCGCCGCCGCCGCCGGCCGGAGCGUUCACCGUUCCUCGGGACUCGCCCGGUGCCGCACCCAUCACGGGCAACUCCCAGGUCCGUUUAAACCAGCCUCCACGAACCCAGUGGCUCUUGACGAUCUGCAGGGGCGGAAUAGUACUCAGGGGAGAUGGCGGAGGAAGAAAAUCGGACCCUGACAGCCACUCCUCUGCCGCAGACGCUCUGCUUCUUCGCCGGUCCUGGCUCGCCUCUCUACUACCGCUGCAGCACCAUCGCCUGACGCCGACCCUUUCUCCGUCUCAGCUCAACCUCCAGCCAGAUGUCGAUACCUCCGACGUUUGGCCUUGGGGUGGUGAGCCGGUGCUUCAACAGUUCAACUUGCUGUCCAAAG